AUGAGCUCUGAAUCUGCCAUCUACAGGCGUAGCCUAAGCACGCUCUUCCGUCGAUGUGUCGUCAACUGCCCGACCGAGGCGCCGCCAUGUCCGCCCUGCAAGGCCAUGGAGAUAUGUACUCUCACUGCCAAAUCGUGUGAGGCCUGCGCUGCCGCCGUCUGCGUCCCCGAUCCCCUAGCCAGCCCGCCGCCAGAGGAGUCGGGUGCACCGGCUGGCGCCAUCGCCGGUGGUGUCAUCGGCGGGCUUGCACUCGUCCUCGCCAUUGUGCUGGCCUGGUGGUUCUGCGUCCGGCGUCGACGCAAGAAUACCGAGCUGUGGGACGAGAAGACAAACGCAAGCGGUGACUUUGACAGCGCCCGCCAGAAGAGACAGUCUGCCGUCGGCUCGAUCGCCUCUACCGUCCUUACCCGCGCCUCCAACGUGAUCCAGAUUGCAUACAUCCCCGGUGUGACCAAUAGAUCCGCCCCAGGCUCGCCAGACCUCAUGGUUCCGCCGGUUCCUCCGAUCCCGUCCGCCGUCACCAACGGACAGGCCCAGCAGCAACACUUCUUCAUGCCUGGCGACAUUCGUGAUUCGAUGUGGUCUGGCAUGACAGAUGAUGACGGCAAGAGCAUCAGUCCCAGUCUCGCUCGAAGCAGCGUCGCCACGACCAUAUACCGCCACAACGCCAUCGUCAGCCCCGUCCCUGCCCAGGAAGCCUACCGGGCCAGGGCAAACAUUGUCAGCGUAAAGUCUGGCAGCAGCUCGCCGUCUUGCUCCUCCACACCGAAUGUCCCAGCCAUCACCAGCUCUCAGCUUAACAAGGCCAACGCAGUCGCAGCUAAGCUCGGUGUCAGUUCCAUCGUCGCACGAAGCGCCGUCGCCCGUCCCAUAAACGUCACCAAGGGCGGACGCUCCAAGACCACCACCACCACCACGCUUGCUGACGGGAACACGUCGCACAAUAUGCCCAAGGUGAUCGUCGAAUCGCCCGACAAUUCUCCAAGAAGUGAAAACUCCAUCAGUGACUCUCCUAGCACAAGCGCCGGUAGCACAACCACGGGCAAACAAGGCACCGUCAAGGGAAAGCCGCGCGAAUCGGUUCUCUCUCUUGCCGUCACCGAAAUCGACGACUCACCUGAUCCAAAACAAAGCCCCUUUGCUGAUCCGAUCGCAGAAGAAACCUCACGGUCGUCUUCCUUCAGCGAAUUGACCGGACAGACAAAACGAAGCGCUAGCCCUUUCGACGAUAAGCACGAGGUCAAGAAUAAGCCGUGA